GGGGCGCGCGCGGGAGGGGGGGCAACGAGACAGUCACGUGACGCGGCGGGACGGCGCCAUGGCGGAGGCGGUGGCAGACACUCGGCGUCUCCUCACGAAGCCCCAGGACCUCACGGACGCGUACGGGCCGCCCAGCAACUUCCUCGAGAUCGACGUGAGCAGCCCGCAGACGGUGGGCGUGGGGCGCACCCGCUUCACGAGCUACGAGGUCCGCAUGAAGACGAAUUUGCCGAUUUUCAAGCUAAAGGAAGCGACGGUGCGGAGGCGAUACAGCGACUUCGAGUGGCUCAAGAACGAGCUGGAGAGGGACAGCAAGAUUGUGGUCCCCCCGCUGCCCGGCAAGGCCUUCACUCGUCUGCUGCCCUUCCGCGGAGACGACGGCAUCUUCGACGACAGCUUCAUUGCGGAGCGGCGGAGCGGCCUGGAGCAAUUCAUCAACAAGAUCGCCGGACACCCGCUGGCGCAGAAUGAGCGCUGCCUUCACAUGUUUCUGCAGGAUGAGACCAUCGAUAAGGGAUACGUGCCUGGCAAAGUGCGACAGACAUAAGCCAGACGAGCGCCCGCACGCACCCUGCUCUCAUCUCCCUCCAUUAUCAUCGUCACCCUCAUCACCAACGUUAUCGUUAUGGAAUCUGUCUCACUUUUGGCCACUACUGAGCUUUGUGCCAUGGGGUUGAGGGUGUUUUUUUCCUUUUCUAAACGCGUCUGAACGACGUCCGUCGCAUUCGCGCACCACUAUCUCUUGUCGGCGCUAACUUGGUCGAGAGCGAAGCCGUUUUCACGCGGAAAGUAAAACGACACUUCUAGUCUCACGCACUUCUUCUUACGUCGGCCGUCGAUAUUUUUUUAUUGCAAUUUAUUUAGCCCUCGUAGAUUGUAACCGGAUUUGCUGUAAUGAUGACGAAUGUUGAAAAGAGUGUAGCUGUAUUUACGAUAGAGAAAACAAAUCCUUCACGACGACGCUCUGGAGCCCAACUGUAAUGUACAAAAUAACCAAAAGUCAUACGCUGCUUUACAGAUCCUCCUAAUAUGCAUUAUAUUGUCAUUUAAAUAAAGUAAUCACGCUGUGGAGACUUUGUGGAGUGCUGUAGCUGAUGGACUUGAUAGAAGGGGGUCUUUGUAUAACGACACCGCCACUAACGAGCCACGCCAAGCUGCCCAGGACUGCCACCACCCACCCUGAGGACCACUCGUGUACAGACAACACUUUUAUUCCCUUGUCCAAGAGUUUAUUCUCACCUUCCUGUAAACGUCGAAUACAGUAUUUCUGUGGACGUUGGGGCUUUUAUUCUCGUGCCUGGGAGGGGGAUUAUCAUGGUGCAGGACUUGAUAGGGCUUGGGAAGGCCUUCCUACAGUAGUGGGUUGAUCAUGGCUUACAAGGACUCGGAUAAUGUGGGGCUAAGGGUACCGUCUUGAUAGCCUUCAAGGUUGAUCUGUGCUGUGGCUGGGUUACAAAUUGCUGCUUUGGGGAAUUUGCCACUGGCCUUGACCGACUGGCAUUGCUAUUGCUUCCGCGCAUGUGACUGCUGCCUGCAUUGUUCUUACAUCGAGAUGGUUAAUGGAAUUGGCCCAGCAUCCCAAUGUAACCGCAUCUUCCUCAAAAUAAAGACAUGAGAGUAA